AUGGGGAAACAGAUUGUUCCGGUGAAAUCAGUGGUCUACGCUCUCUCCCCUUUCCAGCAGAAGAUAAUGUCGGGUCUCUGGAAGGACUUGCCAACGAAGAUUCACCACAAGGUCUCCGAAAAUUGGAUCAGCGCCACUCUCUUGCUCGCUCCCCUCGUUGGCACCUACACGUAUGUUCAAACCUACCUGGAAAAGGAGAAGCUGGCUCACAGGUACUGA